GAAACUAUCGCGAUCCACAUUCGAUCUCCACUUCACACCUCACAGCCAAACCCAGACCGGCUCAAACAACCUCGUGCAACGAAUUCCAUUUUGUCCUGCUACAAGCCGGCAUCUACAAACCAGGGCCACAAUCAACAUCACUGGGAUUCGCACUUGUCCAUUGUAUCUACAACCAUUGUUUGUUAAAUUGUCCCAUCCAAAACCGUCGCAUCUAAGAGCAUCGCAUCGAUCUGCCACCAAGCCCCACGAUGUCGACCAUCACGCCAACGGCACUGCAGAGCUCGCAGCCGCCAAUCAUUCCCCUGCCUUUCAACGCGAACCAGCCUGAGACAAUCCGCCUGUACCCGCUCUCCAACUACACCUUCGGUGUCAAGGAGACGCAACCGGAGGAGGACCCGAGCGUGUUGGCGCGGCUGAAGCGGCUCGAGGAGCACUAUCAGGCGCACGGGAUGCGGCGGACAUGUGAAGGCAUUCUGGUGUGCCACGAGCACAAUCACCCACAUAUCCUGAUGCUGCAGAUUGCCAACGCCUUCUUCAAACUCCCCGGCGAUUACCUGCGACCCGAGGACGAGGAGAUCGAGGGAUUCAAGGCGCGCCUGGACGAGCGGCUUGCGCCUGUGGGCAGCCUCGGCGAGGGCAACAAGGCUGGCGACUGGCAGGUGGGUGACUGCCUCGCGCAGUGGUGGCGGCCGAACUUCGAGACGUUCAUGUACCCGUUUGUGCCGGCACACAUCACGCGGCCCAAGGAGUGCAAGAAGCUCUAUUUUAUCCAACUGCCGCAGUCGAAGGUCCUCAGCGUUCCCAAGAACAUGAAGCUACUCGCGGUCCCGCUUUUUGAGUUGUACGAGAACACACAAAGAUACGGCCCCCAGCUGUCCGCCAUCCCUCACUUGCUCAGCCGCUACAACUUUGAGUUUGUCAAUGAGGAUGGGGAGGUGGUGGCCGUCACGCCCGGUGCUGGCACGAGCGACGGCUAUGUUCCCAAGACGAAAGUUCUGGCCGGAGGCGACGACGUUGACAUGAAGACGGAGAACGGGACACAUUGAUUGGUAGAUGGAUUGGUCAUGGGUUAUGAUAUGGAGCAGGCGUCCGGCGUCCGAGAUCAAGGAUCUUGAAACAGGAACGUACGGGUAAAUUUUUGACGGCAGAGGCUUGGGUGUCCCUCUUGACGAGGGCCAGCUCGGAAAUAGGUUCAAAUUUUUCAGACACGAAAGCUAUGCCUUUUCACCCUGGAUGGUGGCUACUAUCUUGCGGGUGUGUUUCAUGGCGCGGAAUUCUAGGUACCAGAUACCCUGCCACGU